AUGUCAGAAGAAAAAACUACCUCGAUUAAAAUUGAACCACUAGAAUAUUCAGCAGAAGAUCCUCAAAAUGAAGAGGAUAUUAAAGGAAGAAAUCAAACAGGAAUUAAUGCAGGCUCCUAUAAACGUGAUCGAGAAGGAGAAAAUAUUGGAUCAGAAAUAGUUCAGGUAUGUAAGGCUGUUAAAAAUAAUAUUAAGAUAUAUAGAGCAAAAUUUUCUGAAAUAACUAGUACGUCCAUAAAUAGAGCUCUUCAGAAUUUAACAGAUAUUGAUCAGAAUGCUUCAAAUGCAGUAGAUGUUCGUCAAGAAUUAGAUCUUCGAAUAGGAGCUGCUUUUACAAGAUUUCAGACUAUGCAAUUACAAAGAAAUGUUUCAAGACAUGUAUCAAAUCAGUUAAUCAGUUAUGGUUCUUGUCAGUUUUCGACAUUAGGUUUUGUAGUUAAAAGGUUCAAGAAAAAUGAGGAUUUUAUUCAAGAAUUUUUCUGGAAAUUAAAAGUGAUUCACACCAUUAAAGAUUUGUCUGUGGAAUUUAAAUGGAAAAGAAAUCGCUUAUUCGAUGAAGCUACUUGCAUUGAUUUAUAUAACAAUUGCACAUCAAAUCCUGAAGCAGAAGUACUUAAAACUGAUGGGAAGAGAAAAACCAAAUGGAGGCCUUUACCAAUGGAUACUGUAGAAUUUGAAAAAUUAUCUUCCAAAAAAUUGAAGAUAAACGCAAAAGAAGCAAUGAAAAUAGCUGAGAAACUAUAUACCAGAGGUUUUAUUUCAUAUCCUAGAACUGAGACAAAUAUUUUUCCCAGAGACUUCAAUUUAAGUCAAUAUGUAGAAAAUCAGUGUGAUGAUUCCCGUUGGGGUGAAUUUGCAAGGAAAAUUUUGAAUAAUGGUGGGCCUAAUCCAAGACAGGGAAAUAAGUCUGACCAAGCCCAUCCUCCUAUUCAUCCAGUUAAAGCUGCAUCAGGAUUGACAGGAAAUGAAAGUCGUGUGUAUGAACUUAUUGCUCGUCAUUUUUUGGCUUGUGUUUCUGCUGAUGCUGUUGGCUUUGAGACCAGUUGUGAAAUUCAAGUAGGUGGAGAGUUUUUUUCAGCUACUGGAUUAUGUAUAUUAGAAAAAAAUUACUUAGAAGUUUAUGUGUAUGAAAAGUGGAAUUCUACAGAGAUACAUAAUUAUGAGGUAGGACAAAAGUUUACACCAACGAGUAUUCAUUUAGAUCCUGGAGUCACUACACCUCCGCCACUAUUAACAGAAGCCGAAUUAAUUGCACUGAUGGAUAAGCAUGGCAUAGGUACUGAUGCCACUCAUGCAGAACAUAUUUCAACUGUGAAAGACAGACUUUAUGUUGGAGAAGGAGAGGACAGGAGAUUGGUACCCGGUAUUCUUGGCAUGGGAUUAGUGGAAGGUUACCAAAAGGCAGGUUUGGAAAUGGCAAGACCGGAUCGCCGCGCUGCUUUGGAGGCAGAUUUAAAAUUGAUAUGUGAAGGUCGCAAAGAUCCCAAUGAAGUGCUUCGUCUACAGGUUGCUAUUUACAAAGAAGCUUUCAUUAAAAUUGUUCAAAACUAUAAUGAUUUAGAAAGAGCAGUUGUGGAUCGAUUUGAAGAUCGCGGUUUAACUAGACGUGAACCUAAAGUUCCAUAUCGGCCUGAAGGAGCAGGCCCUCCGGCGAAAUUAGAAUUUAAACCUUUUCGGAGGGACGAUGAUGACGAUGAUAGUGGAUUUGGCGGACAUGGAGGUGGUGGCGGAGGCGGUAGCGAUAACAGGCGUGGUGGUGGUGGUGGCUUCUCUAAUUAUUCAGAAACAAGAAAUUCAACAAAAAGUAAUACUUAUUCAAGUUAUCAAUCUACAUCAGGUGCAUAUUCCUCUGGUUCAUCUUCACGAGUUACCAAUGAUAAUAGAGAUAAUUCCUUUUUCCCAAAUAAAUCAGAUGACAAAACUAGAUCACAUGGUGGUGAAACUGACUUUAAUGUAAAUGAUGAUUUUGAUUGUAUGAUUACAGAUAUGGAUUGGGACGAUAACUUUAAUGAAAAUGGUAUUGUUGACAGCAGCAUACAACAGAACGAUAAUAGCAACUCAAAUUACAGCAGCACCAAAUUUACUCGUAAUUAUAAAAGUCUAAGGGCACAAACGGAAAAUAAAGACUUUUCAACUAAUCAGAAACAAACAUAUGGAGGGAACAGUUCCGGCUGGCAUCAAACUAAACAUUCUAAUAGAAAGCAAAAUGAUGAAAAAGAGGUUUUAUGCAGUGGCUGCCAAGAACCAGCUAGAAAACAGACUGUAAAAAAAGAGGGUCCAAACAAAGGCAGAAAAUUUUAUGUAUGUCCCAAACCUAUGGAACAACAGUGUAAGUUCUUUGAGUGGGCAGAAGAUGAACCUGAGCAUGAUAGCAAUGAAUCAACUAACAACUGGUCAAGUAAACCUUCAAAGUCAAGAAAGACUUCAACUACAGUUUCAAAGAGAAAAACAACUUCUAAGGCAACUGGUACAAAACCCACUUCAAAAAGAAAAUGUGGCCAAUGUCGACAGGAAGGACACACAAUUAAAAAUUGUCCAAAUAUUAGCCAUGUAUGA